AUGCAAGGUCCAACUGCCUCCACCUCCGGCUCCCACAGCGGCGGCGGCGGAGGAGUAGGAGAAACCCUCCCCCCGUCGUCCUCGCAUUCGCGCCGGCCGUGGCAGUCGCAAUCGCAAUCGCAACAUCUCCGCCCGACGAGCAGUAUCCGCUCUCAGCACAGUACACACGUCCAUCAUGACCACAGGUAUCAAUCAUCCGUUGUUGGUAGCGGUGCCGGUAAUGCUGCUCCCUCCGGGAAUGAGAAGGAUGAGAAAUGGUACAAAAUCCAUCUCUUCCGCGGCAUGAUUCAGGAUGUGAAGCGAAGGGCUCCGUUCUAUUGGAGUGAUUGGACGGAUGCCUGGGAUUAUCGCGUUGUGCCGGCCACGGUGUAUAUGUAUUUUGCUAAUAUCCUCCCUGCGCUGGCUUUCUCGUUGGAUAUGUUUGAAAAAACAAACCAGAGUUAUGGCGUUAAUGAGGUCUUGCUUGCGAGUGUGCUGGCUGCUGUGGUGUUUUCGGUCUUUGCGGCGCAGCCGUUGGUUAUUGUGGGUGUUACUGGUCCUAUUACUGUGUUUAAUUACACGGUUUAUGAUAUUAUCUCGCCCCGGGGAACGAAUUAUUUGGCGUUUAUGUGCUGGAUUGGGAUAUGGUCGUUGAUUAUGCAUUGGCUGCUUGCCAUCACCAAUGCCUGUAAUGGUCUCACCUAUGUCACCCGCUUCUCCUGCGACAUCUUUGGUUUCUACGUCGCCUUCAUCUACCUCCAAAAGGGUAUUCAGGUCCUCACUAGGCAGUGGGGAACCGCUGGCGAGACUUCCGCGUAUCUCAGUAUCAUGGUCGCCUUGCUGGUGCUUAUGAGUGGUUGGAUUUGCGGUGAGCUUGGUAACAGCAGUCUCUUCAAGCGGUGGGUUCGCAAGUUUCUGGAGGAUUAUGGCACUCCUUUGACUAUUGUAUUCUUUACCGGGUUCGUCCAUAUCGGCCAUAUGAGGGAUGUCGAGGUGGCGAGGCUGCCCACGAGCAAAGCAUUUUUCCCGACGGAGGAGCGCCCGUGGCUGGUUCAUUUCUGGGAUAUCAAUGUCGGCGAUGUGUUUCUUGCCAUUCCGUUUGCGGUGCUGUUGACUAUUUUGUUUUAUUUUGACCACAAUGUCUCGUCUCUUAUCGCCCAAGGAACCGAGUUCCCUUUGCGCAAGCCAGCCGGCUUCCACUGGGACCUCUGGCUGCUCGGAAUCACCACCUUCGUGGCCGGUCUCCUGGGUAUUCCCUUCCCCAACGGUCUCAUCCCCCAAGCACCGUUCCACACAGCCGCUCUCUGCGUCACCCGCGACGUCGCCGACGAAGACGACACCAACAAAGGCAAAGCCAUUCGCGUCACCGACCACGUCGUCGAGCAACGCGUCAGCAACUUCGCCCAAGGCCUCAUGACCCUGGGCACCAUGACCGGCCCUCUGCUUAUUGUCCUGCACCUAAUUCCCCAGGCCGUCCUGGCCGGCCUCUUCUUCAUCAUGGGCGUUCAAGCUCUUCAAGGCAACGGCAUCACCCAGAAACUCAUCUUCCUCGCCCAAGACAGCGGCCUCACGCCAGCCUCUAACCCGCUCAAGCGCAUCAAACGCCGUCUCUCCAUCUGGGUGUUUGUUAUCCUGGAGUUGAUCGGCUUCGGUGCCACCUUUGCCAUUACCCAGACUAUUGCUGCCAUCGGCUUCCCGGUUAUUAUUCUGCUGCUUAUCCCCGUCCGCUCGUUCUUGUUUCCCUGGUGGUUUACGCAGGAGGAACUGUCCGUUCUGGAUGCCCCGACUGCUAGUCCAUUCACUAUGGAGAGCGUGGGCGGGACCCACGGGCUGAGUGAUGCUGCUACUGCUGCUGCUUCUGGUCGGGAUGAGGAUCAUCGUGAUUCGAAGAAUGGGGGUGGAGGUAAUGGGGUUAUGAUGCGUCGGGAUGAGAGCUCGUCCGAGUCGGCGGUUGAGGAUGAUUUGGAGAGAGGCGAGGCGUAUGAGAUGCAGAGGUUGGGUGUGCGGCGGAGGAGCACGACUGGUGGGGUGGAGUAA